AACAAGGAGACGCCUCGACCCCUCCGCACACAACCACCGCGCACGCACCGCGCACGCAACAGCGCCUCUCGUUCGCUCGCACGCGAAGAGAGCGGCGUCGUCAAUUCUCGCUAGCACGGCCAUUGAUCGUGGCUAGAGAGUGUGUGUGAGAGAGAGAGAGUUUUCUUCCGACGGUGUUGGUUAAAAACAACAAGGGCCGCGAUGAUGAGUAGGCUCGUGGCGGUCGUCGUGUCGAAAUCGGGAGUUUGAUGGAUCGUCGUCACAGGCGGCAGUGGCGAGAGGGAGGAGGAGAGACGCUCGCUUCGUGUUGAGUAAAGGAGACGGGAAACGCGAAUUCUCUACCCCACCCUCGACAACGACGACGGCGGCAGCGGCGGCUGCGGCGGCGGCGACCAAACCGAGUCGGCGGCUUCGUUCACGGCUGUCGUAACGCGGUCCUUUAUCAUCUAAACAAACCACAAGAACGACGAGUGCUGAGGCGAGACUUCUCAGAGCUCCAUUUGCAAGGAGGGGAGCAGCGCGGCGGCCUGGAGCCAUGCCGCAGAUGGAAAGGGCCCUCAGAUCUACCAGGAGAAAACGGCAAGCGGCUGGAGGCGGUCAGGAUGAGGCCACCGACCAAAAGGUGUUGUGUGUGUCUGGUGGCAUUGCGAAGGGGCGUGCCGCACACUUUCCUUCCCCUACCAUAAAGGAGUGUGCAUUCCCUGUGCAGACCUGUCAGCCCACCAAGAUGCUUAUGAACAUGGGAACAGUGGUGAAAAGGAGCCGGAGCAAAAUAAUGAAAUCUGAACCAAAAGCCGAGGCACCGUUCAAUGUAGAGAUGGUGCACAAAGCAAGCACAAAGGAGUGCUCUCCCAACUUUGAUGAGCGAAGUGAUGAUGCAAUAGGAGCCACGGGCGGCACUGACCUCAUGCAGGAGACUGAAGAUAAGCCUGUGUAUGACUUCUCGACCAAAGCAAGAUCUUCCGUAUCUAACCUCGAUGAAGACUUUGUGCCUCGUGCCGAGACUGAGGAUGAUGCCCGGCAAUUGGCCGAUUGGAUUUACCACAGCGACUCGCCUUCCAGCCACAGCCAGCCAUCGCCAUCCUCCAGCCACCAUUUUGGCGAUUCAGAGUCUGAUGCCGGCAACGACAGCCGGCUUGCACAGAGAUCAGGCCAACGGCGUGUCAAGACCUCGAGGAGGAGGCAGCAGCAGCAACAACAGCAGCAACAACAGCAGCAGCAACAGCAGCAGCAACAGCAGCAACAGCAGCAACAACAACAACAACAGCAGCAACAACAGCAGCAAGAUGUACACCAUGGUAGUAAUUUUGCAGGUGUCUCGGCUAAGCGCUUGCAGUCCAGUAGCCAGUUGUUGCGCCUGCAUCAGCCUCAGGAUACACGCGUGGUUGGCGAUUCGAGUGCCCGCCACAGCGGCGAUGUGGGCCGCAGCACCAGGCGGAAAGAGUGGAUGAGGCUGAGGAAGCAGAAGCGGGAGGCUGCCGCGCACAGGAGGUACGCUGUCUUGCAGCAUUCGAGCAGUUCGAGUGACAACGACCUCUCGGAUAAUUCCUCCAGCACCACCACCUCGUCAUCCACCUCUUCCUCCUCUGACAUCGAUGAGGGCAUUCAGCCCAGCACGAGUACGACAGAAAUUGGCAUUGAGCGAGUAGACGAAGACGUGAUGGUGAUUGAUCCUCCCACUGUCAACGUUUCGGCUGCAGUGAACGUUGUUUCAACUGACAGUGAAGUUGAGAUUAUCGACGUUGAAGACUCCACAAGCCGGCUGGGCCGUGUGUCCCGCUUACGGGAAUCAUGGGGUGUGGGCGAGAGCCCUCGGACAUUCAGCCGGCGGUCUCUUUCCAGUGGUUCGGCCUGCCAGCAGGCCAACCGGUCUAUGAAUGCUUCAUGCCAGCAGUCUGGUGUGAGUCGCCCAUCCCCCACUGAUGUCGUGGACUUGAGCCAGGUGGAAGAGGCUCCAGGAGACAUUGUGGAUCUUACUGUGGAGGAGGAAGGGGCACCGGUGGCAUUUUAUGACGUAGCUGAGCCACAACCGCAGGGUGAAGGAGGUGCCACAACUCCCCCAACUUCCAGUCUGCCUUCCUCAAGCCAGUCUUCCUCCCCUGCCAGCCGCGCCGUGCCCUGCUCGCUGCCGACUUCCGUCAUUGUCUCUUCUUCCAGCCAGCCUGCCACCACACUUCCACAUUCUUCAGAGGAACUGGGCAGCAGCGAGAGUGUCAGCCCUGUGCAGAACUCGCCACAACCCAUGCCCAGGCUGCCCGACUGCUGCGUGGAGCAUUACGAACCGUGUGAGCGUCCGGCCUUCGGCGCUGCGUCCUUCGCCCACCAGGGCCACGUGGGGCACGGGGGGGCAGCCUUGCCUCAGCUGCCGAGUGCCGGGUUGUCAGGCGGUUCCGGAGGUGCCACUGCCUUGCGGCCUUCGCAGCAUCCUCAACAACAGGCCGAGCACCCUCCUCACCAUGGGUCGAGUGCACGCUCCCCGAACGGCCAGCCGCGUGACCAGCAAUUGGGUCCCGUGGACCUGAGCAGCUCGUCAUCCUCCGUGGGCAGCCAGGGCUCAGCUGCCGGCUUGAGUGGCCGCUCCCUGGAUGGAGGGAGUCCCCCCGAGCGCGAGAGGCUCCCUUGUCAGGAGCCGUCAUCCUCGUCUUUGUCGGCCCAUGGGUUCUCAAACCGCAGCACUACCGACUGGCGGCCGUGCCAGACGGACACCGGGGGGGUGCGCGAGUGGCAUGGUGCCGAGCGUGGCGAUGCGGUCGCUGCGGCCCGUGACUGGCACGCGUCCGGCGCACAGCCCGAGGCCUCUUGCCGCACUUCAACAAGUCACCGAGAGAGUUAUACCAGGCGCAGCGACGCCGACUCUGCGGCAAACGGUGUCGCUAGCAGUGGCAGCAUCCUGCUGGGGUCAGUGCGGUGGCGUGAGCGCUACUCCGUGCUGGAGGCCUCGCUGGGCCAUGGCAUGGCCCUACGCUCGCCGGCUCGCAGAGACUGGUACCCCGGCCCGCUGGAGCACACAGACGGGCAGGCGCCUUCCGAAGCGGUCGGCCGCCGAGAGGACGGAUACGGCUUUCGCUCGGACAGCUUGGCCUACGAGCUGCCGGGCAGCCUCAGGGACUGGUACAGUGGGCUCACGGACCCUGGUGGGUUCGGCACGGCGUCCACCGAAGCCAGGAGGGAGCAGUACACAGAACAAAUGGCCGGCCCGACUGUUGGUUACAGCCAGGUGGGCCAACCACAGGCCCCCUCCUGCCACCACCACCUCCUUCCGCCCACGUGUGCCCUCCGGAGGCCCAGUCAUCACCAGCACCACCCUGCCCUCCCUCAGUACCACCACCAUCACCACCAUCACCACCAUCCCCCGUGCUCAAUCGCACGGCCUCCCCAGGCCGCCCCUCCGCCGGCACCGCCAGCUGCGCCGCCGCCCCCUCCGCCGCCCCCCGAGUACGCCAUCCCGCACGUCGUGCACCACUCGCACGCGCACGGCCACUUCCAGGCGGCAGCUGCCGCAGCGGCCGCGGCCGGCAUGGUGGGACCUCACGGCUCGCAGCUGCCUCCGCCGCCACCGCUGACUGUGCCGCACGCGCAGCCCGGCCAGGCCACGGGUCCCCCACCGCCACCACAGCAGCCGCCUCCCCCGCAGCAGCAGCAGCCACCGCCCGCUCCUCCUCCCCCACACCGGCUGCACCAGCACUUCCUCAUCCAACAGGGACUGCAGGAAAUCCAGCGGCGCCGCAUGAUGCACCACCCCAGUCGUGUGCAUGAGCGGCCUCCCCCGCACCCUCACCGCAUGCACCCCAACUAUGGCCAUGGCCAGCAUAUCCACGUGCCCCAAACCAUGGCCAGCCAGGCACGGCCUCCUCCUGACCUUCUCACCUGGGAUGUUGCGGUGGAGCAGGGCAGUGCAGGGCAGGCCCCCUUCCCUCAGGGCCAUCCGAUGAACCCCUACCUGCAGCAUCAUCGCCACGGAGCACUGCGACUCCACCACUUCCCCGGCCGCCUCACCCUGCCCGUGGCAAUGCCCGACAUGUCGGGCUAUGCUUCUCACGUCCCGCUCAUCCCCCGCAACAUACAGGGAUUGUUCUUCAGAGCAGAGGACCUGCUGCAGCUGGAGGAGAGGCUGGGAAACGUGAAUCGCGGAGCUUCCCAGAGCACCAUCGAGAGGCACACCUAUCCUCACAAAUACAAAAAGAGGAAGAGUUUGGAGAAGGAAGGUGAUGAUGAGGGUGGAGCUGAUGAUGAGAAUGAGGAGAAGUGCACCAUCUGCUUGUCUGUUUUGGAAGAAGAGGAAGAUGUCAGACGUCUCCCUUGCAUGCACCUGUUUCAUCAGGUGUGCGUGGACCAGUGGCUCACCACUAACAAGAAGUGUCCCAUCUGCCGCGUGGACAUUGAAGCUCAGCUUGCCACCGACAGCUAAAAAUGGGCGCACAACUACUUGCUGCCAGUGUGUGGCUUGUAGAUCCCAGAACCUUAACACUGUCAACAAUUCUUCCUCAUUAAACACGUGUUCGUCUCCGAAGCUCAAUGCAAUAAUAUGUUUUUAUGAAGCUAGUUUGCGUCCCUCUGUUGGACCGACCGACUUUCCACAACCCGUAGCGCUGCCUCCAGUGUUUGAACGCGUCACCAGAGUGGUUGUGCUCUCCAGCAGGCCGGCGAGUCACGCCGCAGCACACGCUUUGCUCCCCCGUCCCGUGUCUGUGUGAAAUUGGCAGCGUCACGAAUUUCCAUGGUGUGUGACGUGGAAAGGCAGUGCUUGUACCCCAAAAUGUUGCUGCUACGGCCAGCAGGCGGUUAAUGUUUUUAAAAGCAUUAGCAGGAGCACAAAAUUGCCUUUUUUGCUGCUGUUUCGAGCAAGCUUGAUGUAUUUAGCAAAGAUUACGACCAUGUGAUCCUCAGGGCCCCAUAGUUGGCCUGCAACUCCUCUGCAUUGCCUGUCAUAUCGGCAUCCUGUCUUUUCAGUGGUCUGCCGAAGCUCUGGCCUCAUCCCUAUCUCCAGCCAAGCGCGGCCAAAGAUGCUGAGAACCAAACACCCAUAAAGUGACUAACUGGUGAUUGUAAUCCAUGAGCGGUGUGGCAUUUAUUAUUGUGGCCAGUUAAUGCACACGCCUCCCGAAGAGAGAGGCACACACCGCUCCAACAACCACGAGUGGCCUAGUGCUGUGGGUGUCCAUGUUCAUGACUCGCGUCUGCUUCUGCAAAGGCCGGUCAUGCUUCUUAAUCGCUCAACGCUUUUACAAAACGCACAUUUUGCUCUUUUUUUCUGUCAAGCCAAUGGGUGAUGUUUAAAGGGGGGGCACUUCUCUGUGCAGAGUUGUGCCAACAGCAGCCAACGCUAAACUGUUCAAAGCUGUAGUUUAUGUCCGUGUUUGCAGUUUUGCACAGAUGCUAUUUUGGUACUGUAACUGUGCUCAUUUUACAUAAAAGGGUUUUCAGCAACCAUGCUGUUGGACUAUUUGGGAAUUGUUAGCCAGCUUUGUGGAAAGUGGGAUUGCAUGUUGGAAAAAAGUGGGGAAUAAAAGGCAAGAGGAAGCAACCGUUUUUUUAUUUAGUUCCCCCCCCCCCCCCACUUUUUAUAUAUAAAUGAAAUGUUGCAUUAAAGCUACUAACUCGCACGCUCACCCUUGGUGGUUUAUUUAUAUAGAUUCAACCUACACUAAUGUCACUAAACGUUUCUUUUUGUGCAAGAGUAAACUGCAUUAACUGCAAAGACCGUACGCAAGCCUUAUCGAUUGCAUUGUAUAACUGGGGUAUCUGCUAAUGUACGGGGCGAGUGCUGACUCGUGGAGGCAGGUGUGUAUCAUUUAGAGCUGUAGGUAUAUAGUGAGCAGAUUUGUUACCUGGUUUAAGAAAAAGGCUAUAACACUAAGCUGUGAUUUCUAAAUAUUGCUUAUAGUUGGAAUUGAGAGUCUUAUGUAAAGAGCUAUAUCUAAUGUGUUUUGGGUUGGAAAUUCACUUGGAUGAUCGAUAAUAAAGAAUGUAACUGCUA